UACACUGCGCAUGCGCAUGUCAAACCUGUCAGUGCCAUAGCAACCGGAGUAGACAUCAACUAUCAACAUGGCAAAAGCAACGACAGUGAAAGAGGCGCUGUCCAAAUGGGAGGAGAAGUCAGGGGAGAAAGUGAGCGAGGCUCAAGCCAUAAAACUGUAUGGUCAGGUUCCUCCUAUAGAGAAGAUGGAUGCUUCUCUCUCCACACUCACCAACUGCCAGAGGCUGUCUCUGUCCACAAACUGCAUUGAGAAAAUAACCAAUCUCAAUGGCCUGAAGAACUUGAGGAUAUUGUCAUUAGGAAGAAAUAAUAUAAAGGCCCUCACUGGGCUGGAAGCAGUAGGGGACACAUUAGAAGAGUUGUGGAUCUCCUAUAACUUGAUAGAGAGACUGAAGGGAAUCCAGUGCAUGAAGAACCUCAAAGUCCUCUACAUAUCCAACAACCUGGUUAAAGAAUGGGGAGAGUUUGUCAGGCUAGCUGACCUGCCAUGCCUCGCAGACCUGGUGUUUGUUGGAAAUCCUCUGGAGGAGAAGCAUUCAGCAGAGGGAAACUGGAUGGAUGAAGCCUCUAAAAGACUGCCUAGUCUGAAGAAACUAGAUGGAACCCCAGUCAUCAAACAGGAAGAGGAUGAAGGAGACGGAGAGAGCUGAAAAGCAUGACUAUCUGCAAAAAUUACAACCCCCUUCCCUAAGAGUCUUCCCUUUUUUAAGUUUUGUAUGGUUUGUUAUGGUGCUUUUCUUUCUAUAAAAUGAUUUUAAACCCGCAUAGGCUUUCUCGUAGAUUAACAAGCACAAAAUAACCAAUAGACAGAAUGUGUGUGUUUUAGAUAUGAAAAAAGUCUGUAAAUACUUCAGGCCUUGUGGGUAUGGGACCAGAGAGAGGUUUUGAUGAGACCUUAUAAGUGGAAAUACAUAAUAAGCACAUGUCCUAAUGCUUUUUACAGCAUUAUAAUUAUUUUUUACUGUUAAGCUACUACUAACUGUUGUUGUUAACUAAGAAACGGACUGUGUAAUUUGUGGUUCAGUCCCAUUUGUGAGCUCUUUCAUUUACAACCUGUUUUUUAGAGUGUCCUUGAUUUAUAUGCCUCUUUAUGUUCUUCUAGCAAGAACUAAAGCACAGUAUAGCACACACACUAGUGAGCGGAGACAUUUGUGUGGACCAGACGUUGAUAAGGUAAUACUAUUAGCUCCACACUGCUGGACCUUCUCUAAUAGGAAUUGGCUGUAAAUACCUACAGUAACACCGUCCUCCCUCCAUAGCAUCACCACGGAGAGAUGGUCACAUAAAGCCAAAGAUUAGCUGAAUUAUACUACAUUUCACAUCACAUUGGACUAAGCAGUGGAACAGUUGAUGUUUUAAGAAAGUGACUCGAAAUCCAGCAAAUAGUUGCAUCCUGCCGUGGUAGUUGGUAUCAAAAUUUAGGAAUUAGCUGAAAUCAGGGUCUGUUACCAACCACUGACUUCUCAGGUAGUAAGCAGCAGUAGCAUUACAAUAUGGAGGUUCAUGUAGUUAGACAGUAUGUACUGUCCUCCUUAUGGGACGUAAGGGACCAUCUCCAGCUACGUUGCAGAAGCCUUUGCCUGAACUGGAGCCAAUGCAAUAUCGAGAGUGAAACUUACAUGACCAAAGUACAUCCGCUGAUCUGUUGGCUGCUGCAUUGUCUGAGAUCUUGCUGGCUAAAUAACACUGAGGUCAUGUGUCUUAACUUGGUCAUAUUCAGAUUUAACAUGAUUAUGCGGCUCUAAUGUUUUUGAAGGGCAGAGGCUAGUCUACUGUAUUUUACUCUCAGUUUUAUGGUCAUUUUGGAUUUGUUGUUUCUUCAUUCUUCCUGUUCUUUACGAUGUGAUACCUAGGUUAACGCAUGUAGCAUAAUCCUCAUUUAUUACCUGUCUGUGUAAAAUGAUUUUCAUGUUUUAAAUUAUUUUAGGCAUGUUUGUACAUACAAUUGUAAGAUGUUUAUGAUUUUUAAAUGAUUUUGAUAUUUGAAAUAAAAACUAUUGAAGAAUA